CAACACUCAAUCUUGAUGGGACUCGAGACAACACUCAUCACACUGGAGGAGAAGCAGCAGACGGCAUAACGGGUCCUCCUUCAACGUCCAGAACGCGCCCUCGGAGUGAGGAAAUAGGAGACGACAAUCGGGUUCUUCGACUUCGUGUGCGCAACACUUUUCUCGAAGUGCAUGAUCACGCCAGCAGAGACCCGCCUCAACACCGACGCCGCGCUGUCAGCCUGCCUCCAAUGUAUGGGAAAAUGAGAACUACUCAGAUUUUCACCCACUUACGGAUCCUUCUGUCGCUGCUUUUUUUGAAAAGAAAGUAAUAAUGAAAGUUUCCUGCAAUGUUUAGAUUUGGUUGAAUUGGGAUGUUCUUUGUUUUCCUGGUAUACGACUACGCUCGACGACAUGAAGCUCUUUAUUUUUAUUUUUCAUGAUCGCGGGCAACUAGUGCAUCUGAAUUUAAUUUAUCAAGCUAUAUUAUGCUACUUUCAUGUUCUGACGGGGGUAGCGACGUGGUCGAUUCCGACCCCGGGUUCUGGUACAACUGGGGCUGCCGCAGGUGCACAGCCUGGCGCUCGGAACUGCUCGGAACUGCAACCAGCGUCGUUUAUUCUCCUCCACAGUAUGUUUGACGAGGUGCGGAGCUGGGUGUCGCUGGACAACGGGAGUGCUGGACAACGCAAGGCCGUCACCACAAUGGACCUAUUAUUGCACCUGAAUCUGCCGUCGUGGUGGGAGCUGCAUGCUGUUCCAAGAGGAAGAGUGGAAGCAUUGCUCGGGGACGGAGAUCCGAGCACUGGGGAGGGCCUUGAAGUCAAAUGUUACGCAGUGUUCAAAUUAUUUUCUUAUGUAUAGAUACUUUCAGGUGUCUUCAUCUACUUCCAAUCAAUUCGAAAUUCUUUGAUUCUCCUUUUUUGUACAAUCCGCUGGUUGAAUAUCAGAGUGAGAGUGGUCUUCAAUAACUGUUGCAAAAAAGUAUUUACAUUUUCGUCACGUAGGUAAGUACGAUGAAUGUUGCCUAAAAUAAUCGUGCGUCUAAGGCUGGAGCAAAGAACCGCCCCCAGCGGAAGUUGUCGUACGACAAGGUCUCGACUCUUUGUUGCCACAGGACUCUUUCUUGGCUUAUCAUGAUGCCACACGGCUGCCAGAAGGGUUCGAAAGACCCUGGCCACCGGCCGCAGCGAGAAGUUCGGCUGACCGGGUCAGAGGACUGGCAGAUCGGGCUUAUUCUUCUAGAGGAAAUCUGUUUUCUUGCGGCCACAACAUCGGUGAGGCAGGGGAAAGCGGUCGUGCUUCGAAUGAUCGUCACAAUGAGCAUGGGUCGACCUUUACACGAGAAGGGUUUGCCUACCAGAGAGACGCGCUGCCGUGCGAUUCUGCUGUCAGUGGUAUUGCUGAACACGGUGAGGUCUAUAUUUUCC